AUGUCAACAAACACACUCAGGAAGAUGGAGCCAGAACAUGUAAGGGACCGAAUUCACCGAGAUUUCAUGAGGGAUCAUAGCCAGCCAUGGAGAAGUUACACAUUAGAUCUCGUUUUCCCUCCACUGCAUCACUCAGACAAGCCACCCUUGCCCUGCCGCGAAACGCCAGAGGAGCUCGAGGUUGCCACCAGGCAGUUCUCAACCGGCAUACGGGAGCUGUUUGAAGGCCUGGAAUCUCUUCAAUUCUACAUCGAGUGGCAGAAAAGGAGAACGGAAGGACGCGAGCCGCUGAUCCACCCUGACGGCCUGGACCUGACAAUCAGGAUUCACGGGCAGCCCAUCUCAGUCCCCUACGAUGAGGAACCCCUCUCGUGCCUGCACCGCGUCUACCACUCGCGCCGCCUCCGCCUGCUCCCAGGCGACCUGGCCGCACUCCCGCGCCUGCAGUGGAUCACCGGGCUCACCAUAGAACCCGCCAUAGAAUAUGACGACGAGGCCAUGACACACUUCGCCGGGGUCCGACCCGUCUCCCCCCUCGCGCCCCUCCAGCUCGCCGCCCGCCUCCCCGCCCUGCGCGAGCUGCGCUGCCCCUGGCUCUGGGAGCGCGGUCCCGCCGCCUUCGCGCCGCACGCCGAGCCGCACAUGUGGGACCUCCCCGCGCCGAUGGCGCACUAUGCGCGCGUGUGGGAGGGCCCGUGGCGCGACUCGCGGCACGAGUUCGGCGACACGGCGUUUCCCGCGCUGGUGGGAGGGCUGCCGGCUGCGCUGAAGAGGGCGCGGCUGUGGUUCUGGCGGGCGGGUGGGCUCCCGGACGACGACCAGGUCGCGCGCAUGCCGGACCUGGUUUGCCCGGCUGUGGUGGACCCCGUCUCGGUUGGCCUGCGGGUGCUUGCGGCGCGCCUUGAGGUGUUGGAUUUGCGCGCCAUGGUGACGCCGGACCUCUUUUCCUCCGCUGGACAGACGCCGUGGUCGAGUAUGAAGCGCUUGCGCGUCGAGUUUCACCCCUGCCGGCCUGACGGGGGCUGGUAUUUUGUCGGGCCGCGCGGGGAGGAUCCGGAUCCUGAGGGUUUCGAGAUGGGAAGCGAGCAUUACCCGCCUGCUUUCAAGACGAAGGAGGAUGAGGAGGUCGACGAGGACUAUUACGACGACGUGUCUGGCUUUGGCAAGGGCUAUGAGCACGAUGCCCGUAAACACGACCUUUUCCGCAUAGAACCCGUGACAGAGAAGGUCGAACCGCUGCUGGCGGCCUUUGGAGAGGCGCUGAGAAGUAUGGCCAGCCUGGAGGGAGCGGAACUGUUUGCUUGGCUCACGUGGCAGCCGUCUGAGGAGAGGGCGCAGGAGUAUGGGGGUGAUGAUUUAUACGAUGACAACAGGCGAAGCUGGAAGUGGGGGGCCAGAUAUGUUCCUGCAAAGGAUGGUGCGAAGGGACGAGUAGAGUGGCAGGUCGGGGAUUGGAGACUACAGGAGAAUAUCAUCACGUUGUUCAAGUCUCUGGGAGGUGACAGUGAAAUUGGGGUCAUGUGGAAACCAUUUGACAAGAAGGACGGGAGAGAGACCUGGGAGGAGGAUGAAUUGUGGCAGUGGCUAAUUCUCAGGCAAACUUGGUCACGCUGUCAACUCUUGGAGCACUCGCACAGUUCAUGA